AUGACGUCGAGCGUGGAUUUCGAAUCGCUCCGGCCGUCGCCGGCCGACGUGCGGGUCGUCACGUCCGACGGGAGCACCAUCGCGGCGCAUUCAUCCGUUCUUGCGUCGGCAUCGCCUGUGCUGGAGCAGAUGAUCGAGGUGUCGGCGCGCAUCCGCAUCCUCGGCGCCUCACCCGACGCCGUCGCCGCCUUCCUCCGCUUCCUGUACUCCCCGAGGGAGGCGACGUCCGGGGAGUGGGGGGAGGCUGCGAUGGCGGCGCACGGAGCGCCGCUGCUGGCGCUUGCGCACGCGCACCGGGUGCCGUGGCUGAAACGUCGUGCGGAGGAGGAUGUGGCGGCGCCCCUGACAGCGGAGCGCGCCGUGGACGCGCUGAAGCUGGCCCGGCUCUGCGACGCGCCGCGGCUGUACCUGGAGUGCGUGCGUCUCGCCGGCAAGGACCUGGCCGCCGUCGAGCUGUCCGAGGGCUGGCGCUUCGCGGGCCGGCACGACGCCGCGCUCCAGGUUGACCUACUCCGCCUCCUCCACGACGCCGACCAGAGGAAGAAGCGAUGGGAGCGAGAGCGGGCGUCGCAGGACGUCUACCGGCAGCUCAGCGACGCUAUGGCCUCCCUAGAUCGCGCCUUCACCGAGGCGUCCCCGUGCGACGACGACAGCAGCGGAGCCUGCACCGCGCGGCAGGGCAUCGUGCAGCUGGUGAGGCACUUGGCCGGGUGCGGAAACAAGGGCGGCGGCGGCGGCGGCUGCCCGCACUGCAAGCGCAUCUUCCAGCUCCUCCGGCUCCACUCCUCCGUCUGCGACCGAGCUGAGCCUUGCAGAGUCCCCUUGUGCAGCAAUCUCAAGACGAAGAUGCAGGCAGAGAAAGUGGACAAGACGUGGAGGCUCCUCGUGAAGAAGGUGGCCAGGGCCGGAGUCAUGGCUACCCUAGACAACAGGCAGGUGCCGGAGAUCGUGAAGAGGUCGUGGGCAAAAUACAGCAGCGGCGGCAGCAGGAGUAGAGCAGCCAGAUUCAGAUAG